AGUGCCCAGUUUUUCCCUUUCCAUGCCUUUUUUGGGGGGGUUUUCCCCUCUUUCACAGGGUCCCUGCGGCCCUUCUCCCCCAACGUCACCAUGAGCCAACGGGAGGCGCGGCACAACCCGUUUUGGGGGGAAAUACCCAUUUCUGUUACUGCACAGGCGGUGCCGCGGCACGAUGGGUAACGGGCGGGUCCCCCCUCGCGCCAGCGCUCGGUUUUGGGGCGAUUGGCCCUGUUUUGGCCCAGUUCUCCCUCCCAUCGCGGCGGCUCCGUCCCACGUGGCCGCAUCCCGCCGGCCGCCGCGGCGUCACCACGUGCCGCGGGGAGCGGGUCGGCGGCGUCACCGCGCCGGCACACGGAGCCUCGCCGGCAGAACCGGGGGGCGGCGAUGCCGCCGCGUCUCCCCGCGGCACAACCGACGGCAAAGCGCGGUUCCCAAACCCGACCGGAUUUCGGCGCGGGGAACCAAACCUCACGGCACCGCCGGCAGGGCGCGGCGCUGGCGGGGAACUGGCUGCGAGGACCCAAAAUGCUGGUUUUUUCCCCUAAAACCGAGGAGGGUGGAGACCGGCCCUGCCCGGUGCCCCCCCCCCUUCCCUGGCGUCCUCAGCCGGGCUUUGUCUGCCCCGAUUUCGCACCCGUUAGCGGGUGAUUUAUCUGAUCUCGGGCAGUCUCAGGGUGAUUUACCCGACCCUGGGCAGUUUAAGCCCAGAAGGCGGAGGCAGGGCAGGACCAGGCUGAGCCUCCCCCCCGGGUUUUGCUAAUCCCAGGUUUAGUUCAGGAUUUGGGCGCUCCCUCCACCCCAACUCAGGUUUUAGGCUCUGAUGGGGUUUACGGGAUUUAAAACCCCACUUUUACCCUCAAAAUAAGCGCCUUUCUGGCUGUGUGGGGUGGCGGUUCAGGCUGUGCCAGACGGGGAAGCCGCCAGCGGAGGGUCCACACGGAGCCAAAACCCCCAACCCGGGCGGGUUCGGCACGGCAGGGAGGGGCUGCGGCGAAAAGGGGUCGCCGGGGGCGGUUUGGGGAGAGGGGAAGCGGCACAGACACCCGAGCCCCGGCGGGCAGACGCGCCGGCUCCGGGGGAGGGAGCCGGCCCCGGGCGGCAGCGAUUGGGCCUUGGUGGCCGCCCCGGCGAAGGCGACGGCACGUGCAGCCGCGUCCGGCACCAAAGGGCAGCGGGCAGCGGCGCAGGAUGGAGCACGGCCCUGCGUUCGACAUGUGGAGGGACUACCUGGGGCUGGCCGCCGUGCUGGCCGCGCUGCCGCGGGAGCGCGCCGCCGCCGGCGAACCGGCGCCCAGCACCGCGCCGGAGCCAACACCGCCGCCGCCGCCCGCCGGCAAAACCCUCUGCGCCUUCUGCAAACACAACGGGGAGGCGAAGCAGGUGUACAGCGGGCACAGCCUGCGCGACGCGGGGGGCCGGGUGCUGUGCCCCGUCCUGCGCAGCUACGUCUGCCCGCAGUGCGGGGCCACGCAGGACCGGGCGCACACCAAGCGCUUCUGCCCCCUCACCCGCCGCGGCUACGCCUCCGUCUACAGCCGCGCGGCGCACAACGCCGCCGGCCCGCACCCGGCCGGCGCCAGCGAGAAGUAGCCCCACGCUGACGGACGCGCUCACAGGGGCUCGCAUCGCUUCACCCACUCCGGCUGCCGCGUCGCCCCCGGGACCCCCCGGCUCCGCUCCCCUCCGUGGAUGAAGCGUCGGGGCGACACUUUCCACCAAGACCAGUCUCCCCCAUUCCUCUCCGCAGCUGGUGCCGCCAAGUGGCAUCGCCCCGGCGGCGGUUUGGCGGGUGCCGUCGGCCGAAGCCGUGUCAAGGCACCACCGAAGACGCUGAGAAGGGGCGGUUUUACCCGCGCCCUGCGCCAGGGACGCCCCCGGGUGGGUUCAGUUCAAGGUUUUGGGUUGGUUUGUUGGUUUUUCUCAAUCCCGGCAGGGGCCGGAGGGCUCCUGACCCGCUCUCCGCAAUGGUCCUGCGGUGGGAAGGGCACCGGUGCUCUGGCUGUCGCCGAGCCGGCGUUCACAGCUCACCCACGGCACCGCCCGCCCCGCCGGUGUGUUCUUUAAACGUUAUUUAGCCUGUUACACAACAGAAGGUGUUUAUUUACACCCUGUGAACUUCUUAAACAUUGGUUUACGUUAAUAAAGAGUUACUGUUA